AUCAGCAGGUGCUUGUCCUUAAAACAAAACUGGAUGGAAGUCUCGAUUACGACCACACCGAUCUGAAGGAAAACUCUUGCCUUACGGACUCUUAUUUUGCAGGAUGCGCUGACAUACAUGACAUGCUCGCGGCGAUCGGCAGUUACAGAUAAACUCCACCUGGUGUCUCCACUCCUUCAGCAGCCAUGGCUUUCUCCAUAUCUGGAGGGACCGCGUUCACCAUUCUCCUCAUUUGCAGGUUGUUAGAGAGCUCGCUGCUCAACGCAGAAGUGAAGGAAGGAGAGAUCCUGCCGCCUACCAUUCAGAGGCUGAUGAAAGGAUACAACAAGUACCUUAGGCCUUUCUUUGACAAUGGUCCUGUAACAGUGGGCAUGAGUCUGGAUAUCGCCAGCAUUGACACCAUCUCAGAGAUCAACAUGGACUACACCGCCACCAUAUUCCUCCGCCAGCGCUGGACGGAUGAGCGCCUGGUGUUUGAAGGCAACAAGAGCCUGAGUCUUGAUGGGCGGCUUGUGGAGCUCCUCUGGGUCCCUGACACCUUUAUCGUGGACUCCAAGAAGUCCUUCCUCCAUGACAUCACGGUGGAGAACAGACUGAUCCGCAUCUUCCCCAACGGGACUGUUCUUUACGCGCUGAGGAUUACCACCACUGUGGCCUGCAACAUGGAUCUGACCAAGUAUCCCAUGGACAAGCAGACCUGCACGUUACAACUGGAGAGCUGGGGUUACAACAUUAAUGAUGUUAUGUUCUACUGGACCAGAGGAAAUGAGUCUGUCAGUGGUUUAGACACUCUACAGCUGGCUCAGUACACAGUAGAGGACCACUACACCUCGGUCUCAGAGGCCAUCUAUGAAACUGGCCAUUACCCCAAGCUGGUCUUCCACUUUGAGCUGAAGAGGAGCAUUCUGUACUUCAUACUGGAGACUUACGUCCCCUCAAGCCUGCUGGUGGUCCUCUCAUGGGUUUCCUUUUGGAUUUCCCUGUCCUCUGUUCCAGCACGUAUUUGUAUAGGAGUAACCACAGUGCUGACCAUGACCACUCUGAUGAUGGGGGCCCGCACAUCACUGCCCAAUGCCAACUGCUUCAUCAAGGCCAUUGAUGUUUACUUGGGAAUUUGCUUCAGCUUUAUCUUUGGAGCGCUCAUCGAGUACGCUGUGGCCCACUUCUGCACGCUCACAUACACCGACUCACACAUGAUCAUGUACGGCCACCACAUGCACGACUUUGACGAUGAGAUGAACGGCAUCGUCACCACCAUCUCCACUCAUUCCAGAGCCAAAAGGCGCAAGGAGCCUGCUGCAACUCCUCCCCCAGCUCCUACCUCCACAGAACUCACUGUCAGCCCCUCCAGCCCUUCGGGCAGUGAGCCUAAGCCUGAGGCGUCGCCUCCGGAGCCUACCAACUGGUGCCUCACUGUCCUGGCCACCCUUCGCAAAGUGCUCCGCUCCAUAAACUGCUGUCAUGUGGAGAACCCCCACCACAUAGACAACUACUCCAGAGUCACCUUCCCCCUGUCUUUUGUCAUGGUUAACCUGCUCUACUGGACAUAUUAUCUGUACUUCUAGCAUAUGCUCUAGUGCAAUGUGUACCAGAGAGUGUGAGACAGAGAGUGUAUGUAGACAAGAAGUGUACUUUACUGUAUGUGUUAUUUAGAUGUGUUGAGAUGAGUGUGUUUAAUUUCUACAUUUGGAUUCAUGACCAAAGUAGCAUACUAUUAUGGGAUUGUUUUUGGGAAGAAAUAAUGCUCAUGACUACAGCUCCAUUUUUUAUAAUAACAUGUAUAAGUCAUUGCUUCAGAUUUUAUAUAUCUGGCUUCAUUACAAACAGUGGGCAUACCUGGCAUUGACUGGCAAGAUUUGGUAAAUUCUGAUUCACCUUGAGAUGAAAAAGACCUUUGCUUACAAAGAAGAAAAAUCAUCUUUCUUGUGAUAGUAUCAUUGUGCAGGUUGUUAAUGUCUGACACAGAGAACAUGGAGGUGUAAUUCAAGGUUUUAUGACAGAAUUUGCUAGCACUGUCGAGCGAGGGUAAAUGCCUGUUGUGAUAGAUUGAUCAUUGAUGCUUUACAACUUUAUUUUCCAUUUCUGCCUGCAGAAACAACAUUUAAAGUGAAAAAUAACAGAUUGCAGAAGAAGUGUGAAAAAGAGAAACUAGGGAGGUCGAAAAAUAACUCAACAAGAGAGUGUAUUAAUAACCAUAAACCAGUCUCCCAAGGACGAUCAUUUCUCCUCACUGUUGAAAUCUCCCUUUCUUCUCUGUCCUUCUGUGAGUUAUUUUUAAUUCAGAGAGAAAUACUGUCUCUCUUUGCCUGGAUUUAUUUUUUUCAUUGACACUAUAAAUGUAGUGGCCUUUGAUACCCUCAGUCAUACUCUGGAAAUCUAGCCACCAUGAACAGUCUUAUGGCACUUGUCAUCACACAAAUCUGCUCUGCUGUUCCCUAAGGCAGGGAACUUGCCCACCUAACUAAUGGAACUACACAGUGUUCAACAUGCUAUAAAUACAUAAUGCAUCAUGUUAAUAAAUAGAGCUAUUUAUCACAGAGUGCCUUAGUUAGCAUCAUCCUGGUUUCCUGAACAAAAAGGGGCAUUACAUUAUAUCAGCUUUUGGAUUAAUGCAGAAAAUAAGCUCUGUGACAAAGUUUAUGAUACUUAAAUGUUUUGUUCAGCAUAAUAAUCUUGACAAAUGAACAAAACUUCUAUUAUUUUUGAAGCCUAAAUACAAUUUCAGAGGUAAAAACCAAAUUUUAGGCUAUAAACGAACUACACCACGGUCACGUGACUUAAACAUCACUACCACUUAACUUCUAACCUGUAGUUUGAUUUAACUCUUACCUUCUCUAAAAAAGACUUUGUUAUUAAUAGUUUGCAAAAGCAUGAGUAGCAACACAAUGAGCCUGUAAAGGUGGACUGGUGAGUAGAUCGGUUUUCGUGUACAGCAUGAUGACAUUUAAUGUCCAUGACAACCUAUGUAGUCUCAUUUAGCUACUUGUUAGCAACCACCCUUAAUUAACAAAUGUAAAAGCUUAAAGAUAUCAGUCAUGAGAUAUUCACUUACAUAUUUGAUGUCAAAGAAGAACACAUGAAAAUGUACUGAGUUUGCAUUAACCACAAACCUUAUUUCAGCCAUCUAACCAAAAUCCCAUUCAAAACCCGAUAGACUUCAGGAUGAGGGAACCAGAAGUGCUAAAAUAAUAAUUAAUUCAAAAUGCUACAUUUUCAGUGUAAUAAGUAAUAACUAACUUUCUUUCUCUCUAUUUAGUUCAACAAGGCUACAUUAAGAUAGCCAGCUAACACUACAAAUUGUGAGCUUGGAUUAUGUACUUGGGAUUAUGAAGCGCCAGUAUUAGCAACAGCAGCUAAUUGGCUAAGUAGAAGGUGCCUCAGCAGGUUUGUGAUUUUAAAUAUCCCUAAGAGAGAGACACAGACUUUUGCAUCUGACUGGCUGAACUGUGAGGGGGUGGUGAUUGGUGAAAACAACACUGUCAUUAAAGAAUUACAUUAUGAAAUAAAAAGUAUUAUUGAACACUUUGUGGUUCCAUACAAACUGGGUAGGUACAAUAGAUGUGAAGAUAUAGCAGAGCAACACCUGAGCAGUCAUGUAGGCUACCAUAUUAUAGUGAAAUAGAGAAUAUGUAGUACUUCUUUUAUUUAUGGGCUGCAGGUAGUGUUUCUCACUGUCCUUUUGUAACAAAAGUAGUAGGCAGAAUUAGAUGUGUUAGAUAUUGUAGAAAGAAUGAAUAUAAAUGAAAUAGCCAAACUAUUUCAACAGGAUGUCAACAAACGGUAAAAUGCCUGGAUGUGCUCCAGUUGAGAUAUCACUCCCUUUCUCAGUUUUUUAAGAUAUUGUCAUUUUCUGCUUUGUGAGUGUCAAGUGUUCAAGUUCAGGUGAUUCAGUAUGUUUGCUACCAGUAACGUGAACCAAAGAACCACUGAUUCCUAUUGAUUUCACCCAUCCUCUUGGUUUGCCCUCAGUUCUUCUAGUUGGAUAUUCUAAUUGCAUUUUCAAAUGUUAAUAUCAUAUCGUUAUUCAUAGGAGAACUCUGAAAUAGCAUGCAGUCAAUAAGCAGAUGAACAUGACAAUUCAUAUUUCAGAUGGAGAACAGGAUUCAGUUGAACAAAGAGAUGCAUGUUUAUUGCUGUAUUGAAUAUUGCUGUGACAUACUUUCACUCAAUUUAAAUGGAAGCUGGAUUUAACAGUCCCUUUAGCCAUAAUGCAAUUCACAGAAGUUCCAUUUUAAAGAAACUACCUUUCAAUGCGUAUUGAACAUAAUGCAAGGCUAAAUCGUUAAUAUCUAUUUGUGCUUCAUUGCCUUUUAAACUGUUUAUGUUCAUAUUUUACUGCACUGCUUCUCAUGUUUUUAUCUAUUUUUAAAUAUGCCAUCAACUAUCAGACUUUUUGACUGCUCUCUUUGCUUGCCAAUUAUAGAAAAGUAGGAUUUACUUUAGUUUCUGUUCUUCCUGCAUGAUUAUCAAGUGCUUUUGUUUCUUCAGCUUUGUUUGAUUUUGUUUUGGUUUAACAUGAUGGAGAAGAAUCAUCAUAUACCGCUCAGCUGAGGCUAUUGAAAGGAUUAAAUUAAACAUUUUGAUUGCUUUGAUCCCCUUUGAUUUGGGGUCAGUGCAGGAUGUUCAAACUUCUGUUCUCAUUUUCAGUUAUUUGAACUUAAUUCUCUGAAAGGAUGAGUGAUCAGUGACAGUGUAUUUGCCACUGACUGAGCUGCGCCUGCUCAGUGGAUGUCAGUGAGCAGUGACCCAUUGAAAAGGUCAGUGUGAUAAAACACAGACUGUCAGGUUUUAUACAAUAUAGCACCACGGUUGUAGUUUUGAUAGUUAUCUCCUCAGUAUAUAGUUCAAGAAAUGAAUGCCAUUAUGGAGCCAAAGAACUACAAGAGAAACCACUAAAGCUUUCUGUCAGUGUGGAUGCAAAUAGAACAUUUUUUCCACCCGGUGGUAAAGUUGAUCCAUACACAAGUCUGGACAGUAUCAAUUGUCCUAUGGCUCCAUGGUCACAACUACAUUAUCAGGGCUGGUUUGCUCUGAAUGGACAGUAUUUUGGAUGGCUAUGAAUACCCAAGGAAGGUGCGAACAUUACCGAAAGAAAGUUACAAAACAGAACAUUAGGGGCAACAUUGCCAGGACAUAUUUGAAGCAACUUUUCAGCAACUUUUUGGGCAACAGAAAAUAGGGGAAGAUGGCUACUACAUUGGACUGCCCUUUCUUUUCUUGUUGUGAGACGUGUAAAAUAAUGCCUCAAGGUGACGUUGGCUACCAACCUCACAGUUCCUUGGACAUCUUCAUGUGAUAUGUAUUUAUAUACUGUAAUACCAUGUUAAUAUAGGUAUCAGUUUGCUUAACCUGUUGUAAAUAAAUAUUAACACUAUGCAUGUUUAUUUGGUGUAUGAAUAUGAAUGAUAGCAAUAAA